CUGCUAAAUUGUGUGCAUUGUGAACAAAAUUACAGCGGAACUGUAUAAAAGCAGCGGCCGGUCAUACCCGUAGCCACUCUAACGCAAAGACCUUACAAUUGAAAAAUGAUCCCGUGCAAGUGCAUCGUGCUGCUUUUGGUCAUUGUGGCCAUCAUGGCCAAUAAAGGACAAGGGCGUAGUAUCGAGCGCUCCAAACGAGACGUGGUUGCAGAUGGUAUGGCGUUCCAAGUUUCCGCAUCGGCCGAGGACAGCCGAUCCAGCAUUCCCGUAAUCAGCGAUAUUCAACGGGUGGAGAAGAUUGCCGAUUUGGUCAUUUCCAUCGGCGAGCAAGUCAUUCCGGUACUGCUCAACAAUCUGGCCGAACAGGUAACGUCGGGUGAUCGAAAACUUUCACGACACGCCGAGAAACCUUCACCGGGCCGCGUCAUGUAGCGGCUCUCCAUCCUUGCAAUAAAUAG